AAUAACGUAUUGGCGCUCGGAGGGAAAUGGCAUGACGGUGGGAUCAGACUCCAGGCAUUCAUGCAGAAAAAUCUAGCCCGAAAACUGGCAAAUGCGCUGGCACGGUAGUGUUCGUCUAUCGGAAUGCAGACUAACUUCCAUAGCCUUCUCCACAAAGCACCUUAGAUGUCGCCGGAGCGAGCAUCGCAAUGGUUUUGGGACGAGACAGUAUGGAGAAGUGCAUCGGGAGGGGGACGUGCACCGAUUCUUUACACAGACUCCAAUUAAGUCCUCCUGGGGUGUCUGACGUGCCCUGAGCUUAUGUUGCCAAGCCCACUGAUUUGAGAUAAGGCUUUUGCGCCAGUCGAUGGGACGCUUAUAUAAAGGCUGCCAUUUGACAGGACGCCCUGGCAGUCACCGGCUUGUCUUCAGCAUCUACAGUGUGAGGUAGACAAUACACGAACUUCAGUUUCCCGAAAAGUCUUAACAGGAACCAUGUCACACGACUGGGGAUAUGGAGAUGAUAAUGGGCCAGCUCACUGGGGCGAGAUGUACCCAGUUGCUAAUGGAACCCGACAGUCUCCUAUUGAGAUUAUACCAAGCCAAGCACAAUAUGAUCCCACUCUCAAACAUCUUAAACUGAAGUACGAGCCCUCCACUGCUACUGAAAUUAUCAACAAUGGCCAUUCCUUCCAAGUGGGUUUUGCUGACGAUACCAACAAAUCAACUCUCAGUGGAGGGCCUGUCACUGGCACGUACAGGCUGAAGCAGUUCCACUUCCACUGGGGGAGCAGAGAUGACCAUGGAUCUGAGCACACCAUCGGGGGCAUCCCGUUCCCCUGCGAGCUUCACCUGGUGCACUGGAACACCAAGUACCCGAGUUUUAGCGAGGCCUCAGACAAGCCCGACGGGCUGGCUGUUGUUGGCGUUUUCCUCAAGCUUGGUAGUGCCAAUCCAAGUCUGCAGAAAGUGCUAGAUAAACUCAGUGCCAUCCAGUCAAAGGGCAAGCAAGCCGAAUUUACAAACUUUGACCCAAAAACCCUGCUGCCACAUCAUCUGCACUACUGGACUUAUGAAGGCUCUCUAACCACACCCCCUCUGUGUGAAAGUGUCACCUGGAUCGUGCUGAAGGAUGCAGUCAGUGUCAGCCAUGCCCAGAUGACUAUAUUCCGUAGUUUGCUGUUCUCCACAGAAGAAGAGGCUCCUAAACAUAUGCAGGACAACUUCAGGCCCCCCCAGCCUCUCAAAGGACGCGUAGUCCGUUGCAACUUCAAGUAAACUGCAGUGGCCAGCUCCAUGACCACGUCUCAACUGUACUAGUCCUCUAGUCACAGUGCUCCUUCUGCUGACAGCAACACAGUCGAUAUGAUUGUUUAUAUUAUUUUAUUUUACUUGAAAAUAAACACUUGAUUUGCAAGCUU